AUGAUUUCUAGAGCGGCUCGAGUGCCGCGAAUUUGCGUGGCAUGCAGGUUCGGUCUAAUAACGCAGCGCAGCGCUGGGAUAGGCUUUCGCCUCAGCCCCGUUCGUGAAGGCCUGGCGAGACGAUUUUAUACAUCCGAUAUAGGAAAAGAAGGAAAUGGCAAGGUCGAGCCUUUUAUUACGGAGCGUGAUGGAUCAGAGACGAAGACGGAAGAAUUGGUGGUGGAGGAGACGAUAGAGACAACGACAGAGUCUAAAGAUGCGACAACACCAACGAACAACCCCUCAUCCACCGAGGCCAAUCUCGAGCCAAGCCAACUAUCUGAAGAACCUCAACUAGAUAUAGACUCAGAAGCUCAGUCUAUCCAAAAUGACGGUUCUUCUCAUACCGCUACUUCUACACAUACUACCGAAUCGCCUCUCGACAAGCCACUCGAUCCCGCACAAGCAUCUCUCGACGAUCUUUUAGCUGAGGCCUCGUCAACGCCGGGCGAGCCAGACUUUGGAAUAUCUGAUCUCCCCGACCUCCUCGAAUCGUCUCCCGGACAGUCAGAGCUGGACAAUCUUCUGGAUGGACUAUUGACAGGAAAGAAGGCCGGGGAUGGUAUAUCCAAUUUACCUGAGCUCGAAGAUGAAAUGCAAGCGGGAGAGAAUGCGUUCACUCCCGUGCCAAAGAAGCAAUUCCAUGAUAGUCUUCUGCAUGGAGAGGCACUCGGUGUUUCUACCCUUGGACUUCCGGCUGACGCCAUCAUCAUCAACAACCCGAACAACAUUCGCCCCCAGAGGAAAGCACCGACUGUGUUAGAGGAGCAAGAAAUCGAGACCAAGGAUCUGGAUUGGAAGGCAUUGGCUCCGACUGAGACAGUUGAGCCAGAGGUGGAGGAAAUAUACGCCAAUAUUGACGAACAUCGCCCUGAUACUCGCAUAUUACGGAUGGCAGAUAUCGGAAAGUUGGUUCAGGCUCUUUGCGGUGGUUUCACACUCAGUCAGUUAAGGGACUACCAGCGCGACCGCCAGUUUCAGCACAAAGACCCCGAUAGCGUGGACUAUGCCUGGAUCCAAGAGAUUGCUCCUUGGACAUCAGUGAAUACCGUUCAAAUUCGUGGCACUAGUAAAGAAUCGAUCGCUCAGAGAAUUGUGUUCGAAAACUGGAAGGUUGAGGUCCAGGAACACGUUGAUAAUCUCGGGAAGGCGUUUAUUACAAUGGAUCCUGAUGUUUUCCCAUUCCUCACAUAUGGUCCAAAUAAUAUAGGACGCCUGCUUUGGGAACUGCGGAGGGACUUCCUAGUAGGCGAAGAAGAGAAGUUGACUUUGAGCACCGACAAGUCUCGCAUCAACAUCUUCGCGAGAAAGUCAACUACAUAUGGUGUUCUCGCCUAUAUCGACCAGGUUGUCCAGCAAAUGAAAACCCGGACCAUCGAUGUUUCCCAGUAUCUUCCAAUUGGUGGAAGCAUACCUCCAACCCCCGAGCUUCGGGAGCUUGGUCGACUCACUAAGACUUCGAUCAAGCGUUCUAAGCAAGGCAAGAGAGACAAGCUUCGAGUUUCUUGGAUACCUGAACCAGGGGAGGUCCCAAGUGAGAUUGAAGACCUUGCCGAUACAGUAUUCCGCCUGGUCGUCGGUCGCCCACUUCCUGGCUCCAAGAACACCUUACAGUGUAUUCCUUUACGUAAGGAAGAACACGUCAGUGGUCAAUUAGUGCAAGUUCAAAGACAGGCCAGGACCAUGUCCUGGAGAGAUAAGUUUACCAAGUGGUCACGAGUUGUUGCUCCUGUCGACAAGACAGGCGACCACACUCGGCCUUUGAAACUGGCGGGUUCAGUGUCACUACAGCAAACAAGAGUUUACCAGGGCCCGAGCAAGAGUGCCACCACUGCAACAUUUGGUCAUGUCCUUCAUUCGAAAGCUGAAACUUCGGCAAAAUCACUCUCCCGCAGUCGUCGCAUCCUAUCUCCUUUCAUCCCCCAUCCAGCCGCCUUCUCCGCUCUGAAGCCCGACAACGAUAAGCCGUUGAAAGAGUCCACGACCAUUGUUAUGCACCUGGUGCCUCGAGUGGACCGCAAAAGCGAUAUUGUAAAAUCGCCCGAGGACCCUGCUGUCCGUAUCAAGAUCCCCGUCAACGCCGACGCCGACCUUAGCAACUUCACGAUCCCAAGCGAUAUGGUUGCUGAGUGUUUUGUUCCCUGGCAAAUCCACGACGUGCUUCUCCCUAGCUACGAUGUCGAUGUCCGCUUCCAGCAGGAACGUUUCUGUCCCUUGAAGAUUGAUCAACCCGGUUUGCAGAGGUUCCUCGAGACGUCACAGUUCAACCUUCUUAAGGGACAGCUUCGAACCCCUAGCCAGGCCACACUCACCGUGCCGGGGUCCUGGGUGAAUGGUCCCCGCAGUGGCAACGCCAGCACCGAGUCGGAAGACGUCCUCUACGACUUCCGUGGCACAGAGAUCCACCAGACCGUCGAAAUGCCCUGGCGUGGUCAUACACUCCGCUACUCUAGCAUUGAAGCUGGACAGCACGGUGGCCAACGUCAAGAAGUCACCCUUCAGACCGGCAAUGAAGACACGAUUGACACCGGUUCCCACAGCGAGAGAACGGAGGCUUUCUUGCAGCUGGUGGAUGAAAUUGCCACCGGCAAAUGCUUCUCGUGGACGGAAGGCUACAAAGCCAUCAAGAGCCGUCAGCUGGAGGACUACAGCUACAACCUACCCGAGGAGGAGCUCACUGAGGAUAUCAUCGUGGAAAAUGACAAGUUCGACUCGCGUGGCCGUCUGAACUUCAAUAUAUACGAAGAAAAGGCAGAUCAGCCAAGCAAACCGGAAUCCUUUGACCAUAUUGAUGAGAUGCUUAAGGACGAAGAACCUCCUACAACCAAGGUUGGAGAUACACAACAGUUGCUCGACCUCCUUGAUAUGUACGCCACCCCCAGGGUCUUGGGUGAUAAAGACAACAACGACAACAACAAGGUCUACGGUAUCGCAACUGACGACAAGAAACACACACAACCGAGAAAAUUCACCCAUGAAGGCAACAACAAGGUCUAUGGCAAUACAGCUGCCACCAGAAACCACUCACGGCCGAAGAGAUUCACCGAUAGAGACAACAACAACAACAACAACAACAAGGUCUACGGUACCGCAGCUGCUGAUAAGAAACACUCACGGCCGAGGAAAUUCAACGAUGAAGGCAACAACAAGUUCGACGGUACUGCGAUUGCCGACAAGAAGCACUCACAGCUGGAAAAGCACACAUCCGAUGAACCUGCCACCAUCACGUCUCGCAUCCAUGAAGAAUCUCGUACCAAUGUAUUGAACGAGUUUUUCUCCGACUUUCCCACAAUGGUCGAAUCUUCUAAAUUCCAACCCCCGACUCCCGAGCCAAACACCAUAUUUUCCACUGUCGAAACUCCCGCCAAGCCCGACAAGACGCCCAGCAAGCCGAAUAAGAUGCCUGCUAAGUCGAACAAGACGCCCAGCAAGACCACAAAGCAGUCGAGGAAGUUCACUCUUCGAGAUCUGGAAAGUCCAGCCGUCGCCAAGUCAAACGAGGAUGCGUUUGUCGCUCAAUUCGCCGCUCGAGCAACAGGAGAAAGCAAGGCUCGCGAUCCGAACGCUGUGGUUGGCUUCUUUGAUACUCUUCCGGAAGAAAAGAAGAAGAAGGGCCCUCACAAGAAGGCGUCUCAAAGAGGAAGAGGAGGAUACCAAAAGCACAAGGCGUCAAAGGCAAAAUAG